AUGACAAGCACGCUCUACAAACCCCAUCCCACCGACAAAAUGAAAGCCGCACAGUGGAUGGGCACACGCUCAAUCCAGCUCGGCACCGUCGCCAAACCAACCAUCACGGACUCCUCGGACGCCAUCAUUCACAUCACCCACUGCACCAUCGGCGGCGCAGACCUGCACCUCUACGACGGCGAACUCAGCGAGUUGCUCUCCAAAGGCGACAUCCUCGGCCACGAGGCGAUCGGUACCGUCGAGGACGUCGGCGGGGAAGUCCGCAGCAUCUCCCCGGGCGACAGAGUCAUGAUCCUCCCCGUGAUCGCCUGCGGACACUGCGAGUUCUGCAAGCGGCAGGAGUUCUCGCUGUGCGACACGACGAAUCCCUCGCGGGAGAUGGAGAGCGCGUACGGACACCGGGUGGCAGGGAUGCUGGGAUUUACGCGGUUGUACGGCGGGUAUCCCGGUGCGCAGGCCGAGUACGUGCGGGUCCCGAACGCGGAUUUCUGCUGUGUGUGGGUGCCGGCGGACAUGGACGCGAAAAAGCUGCUCGGUCUGGCGCAUGUCACGACCGCUGCGUGGCAUGGAUGCGAGCUGGCGGAUCGGCUGGCGGUCCUGCGCGGGGCAAAGAAGGUGUAUGCCGUUGAUAAGGACGCCAGUCGCUUGCAGAUUGCUGAAGGGUUCGGAAUGAUUCCUGUGGAUGUCAGCGUGCAUUCCGAGCCGAGGGGGUUGGACUGCGCGGUCGAGGCGAGUGGGUUCCGGAGUACGCAGAAACCGCAGCAUGCAGCCAUGCGGGCGAUUGGGCUGGAGCACGAUAGCAGUGAUACUGUGUCGGCGAUGAUCAAGGCCACGAGAAAGGGAGGACAUCUUGCACUGCUUGGGGAUUUCUUCUAUAAGACGAAUGAUUUUCCUAUAGGGCCGUUGAUGGAAAAGGGAUUGACGAUCCGGGGCGGGCAGGUCAAUUCCCAAAAGUAUCAUCCACUUCUCUUGGACAUGGUGACGCAAGGAAAGUAUGAUCCUUCGUGGGUGUUUACAUAUGAAGAUGAAUUCGAGAACAUCGCCGAAGACUAUCGCCGGUUCUCCCGGCAUGAGAUUCCUGGAGGGUUGAAGGUGUGUUUGGUGACAGAGUAUGGUCGAGGAGCUGUGAUCUGA